AUGCUGCGACUGGCUUACACGCGACUUCAACUAUGCGGGUGCUCGGUGCCGGGACGAAGCGAUAGCGCGGGCGGCUUGCUUGCGGCUGAGCACGCGUGGCAAGGUGCAGGCGACCCUGGAUCGGUUCGCCCCCUGGUUUGCCUAGCGCCAGGCUCUAUCGAAUCUGCAGCAUCUCAGCUCGAUGGUCAGGUAAAAUAUCGCUCACGGCUGCGGCGUCAUCUGACCACUGGGCGUGGAAGCGCGCGUGGCUAUCUCGCAGCCGGCCGCGCCUCACUGCCACCUGCGGCUGGGGAGCCAGAGACAGCCAUAUUGAUCGCGAGGCCUCUGGGCGCCUUGCAGCCACAGGCUAUAAGGCGACUGGUGGCUUGGGUACUGCCUGGGACGAGCUGUCCUCUCGCGGCGGCGGCCUCCUGUCCCGACAGGGGCGCGCUGGGCAUCAUGACGACUGCCGUUCGCGCGCCGACAGGCGCCGCUGCGAAGCAGUCGACCACUCGACAGUUCGAGCAGGAUCGCAGACGUGCUUCGCCAAGGCACAGCUGUAAUAGGAGCAUCACCAGGCAUCGGGUCACAAUACAACGUACUAUAGUCUCUUUCCGCCCGCGUCCCCUUCCAGCUCACGAGGUUGCAGAGCACCGGAAUCACGGCAGCCAGGGCGGCGCCGGCACCCAGGAACCCCGCGGUGACGCCGAACCCGAUGCGGUACCCCGGGGCGUCGGUCGACGGCCAGAUGCGGCUGCCGUAGACGCUCGAAAAGUUGCCAAAGGCGUUGACCAUGGCAAUCACAAUGGCGCGCUUCUCGGGCGGCAGGACAAUGACGUUGCUCGUCCACGUCAGGAUCAGCGGCAGCGCCGUCCAGAUGCCCGCCGCGAUGAAGCAGAGCAUGACGUAGCGGACGACGGCCGUCUGCACUGCGACGCACACCACGGCGCACACGCAUCCCACGGCCAGCGGCCCUGCGACGUGCCACCGCCGCUCGACGUGGCGGUCCGACGACCACGCAGUCAGGUUGCAGCACGUAGCCGCGACGGCGUAGAUGGGCACCGUCAUGUACUGCGCUCUCACCGUGUUGUAGCCGAGACUGAGCGUAAUGGUCGGGAUAAAGUACGAAAUCGUCCCGGACCCGACGUCGAGCAUAAAGAGCACCACAAACAGGUACGUGCGCGGGUCCGAGAUGGCCGCCAGGAAGGCCUGCCAGUGGCUCAGAUGACGUCGACCCGCCGAGCCGUUGGAGAUGCCGUCGUGGACUAUGCGUACCGUGGCGAGCAGGCGCUCCUCGGGCGUGAGGCGCUUCGACGUCGCGGGGUAGUCGAGCAGCACAAAGUAGGCGACGAGGGCCACGCCGACCGUCGCGACGCCCUCGACGAUGAACAGCCACCGCCACCCCGCGAUGCCGUGCGCGUCGUGCAAGUCGGACGUGAUUGCGCCGUAUAG